CGUGGGCAGAAUUAUUGCCCUCGAUUCCCAGGCCCACUCCCUCGCAUUACUAAAUUUAUUUGCUUCUCACUUUCGCUUAUUUAUUGGCUUUAUUCCUCAUUCCUUUUCCUUAUUCAUUCUCUUAGUUUCUUUCUCUCCUUCAUUAUAUCUUCCUAAAAAUAUUAAUAUAAUUUUCUUUUGCAGCUGCUUCCACCCAAUAUCCUCCUCCUUUCUCUCUCACUUAUUAUAUCACUUGUCAGCAAAUACUGAAGCAUGAGGAUGAUGAUAGACUUGGGAAACCAGAGAGGUUCCCUCUCCAUAAUCGACACCCCAACCUCUGUCGACUGCGGAAGAGAAGUGCGGUUCCGCAGAUCCUUUAGAUCCCUCGUGGAGUGCAUGGUCCCCUGCUGUGGCUUCCAACCAUCUGAUUCCUUUGCCCCCGAUACCGACUCAACUCACGCCUCCACCCUCACCGGCACCUUCUUCGGUUACAGAAAAGGCCGUGUUAGCUUCUGUCUCCAAGAUGACACCCGCACCUCUCCUCUUCUACUUCUCGAGUUUGCAGUGCCCACUGCCUACUUAGCCAGAGAGAUGCAGUACGGCUUGCUCCGUAUCGCACUGGAGUGCGACCGACAAAAAGAGAGGUCCAGCUCCUGCUCCCUCUUUAAUGUCCCCGUUUGGUCCAUGUACUGCAAUGGCAGGAAAGUCGGUUUUGCAAUAAGGAGGCAAAUGACUGUGUCUGAUGUUGGAGUACUGAAGAUGAUGCAGUCGGUCUCUGUAGGUGCAGGGGUCUUACCUGUGCCUCCCAAGUCUCAGGAUGGAGACCUUAUGUAUCUACGUGCUAGUUUCGAACGAGUCAUAGGUUCUGCUGACUCCGAGUCUUUUCAUAUGAUUAAUCCUAUCGGCAGUUCAGGUCAAGAGCUUAGCAUUUUUAUGUUGAGAUCAUGACAAGUAUCUUCCUGUACAACCAUGGAUCUAGUAUAUAUAUAGAUUUUCCUUGUUCAUGUAUUAUGAUGCUCAACCUUGUAUUGUAUAUUGAUUCCUUUUCUUUUCUUUUUCACAUUUCUGAAUAGUUAUUUAUUUCCUGAUCCAUUUCUCCA